UAUUUAUAUCGUACGUUUCCUCUUCAGUCAUCGAUUCACUUUUUACAUUUUACAUUUUUACAGUAAUGAGGGAAACAAGUUUAGUUUAGCCCCGGGCGGCACGGUCGAGUUACAGAGAGCGAGAGGGAGCGAGAGAGAGAGAGAGAGAGAGAGAGGGAGACGAACUGAGCAGCAGCAAGCACAGCAGCAGCAGCAGGGCGAACCCAUGCGCGAACCCAGGCGCUAAAGCUCGAAAGCGAGCGAGUGGACGACGAGCUGCAGAGAGUGAGAGAGAUAGAGAGAGACGACGUCGAGCAGCGAGCGAGAGAUCGAGAGCGAGGGGGACACGACGACGAGGAGCAAGUGGGCGAGGAGCGGCGCGAGGUGAGAGGAGGAGCGAAGCAGGCAGCAGCAGCAGCAGCAGUAGCUGAGGCAGCCAGACGAGAGCAGCAGUGUGCGAGCCGAGCAGAGAGCGUGCUGCGAGGCGAGAGCGGAAGGCAGCAGGCGACGACUACGACGACGAGGAGGAAACAUCAUCAUCAUCAUCAUCAUCAUCAGCGACAGCAAGAGCAGCAGCAGCGAGCAGCGCGACGAGCUGGGCCGUGACGGAGAGCAGAUCAUCGCGCAAUGACGGAUAGCAGCCAGCAGCAGCAGUUCUGCUUGCGUUGGAACAACUUUCAGGCCAACAUCACCAGCCAGUUCGAGGCGCUGCGCGAUGACGAGGACUUCGUCGACGUUACCUUCGCCUGCGACGGCAGGCGGCUGCAGGCCCACAAGGUCGUGCUCUCCGCCUGCAGCCCCUACUUCAAGGAGCUCUUCAAGACAAAUCCCUGUAAGCACCCAAUAAUUUUCAUGAGAGAUGUGGAGUUUGAACAUCUUCAAUCUCUUUUGGAAUUUAUGUAUGCUGGUGAAGUUAACAUUUCACAAGCCGAGUUGCCAACUUUUUUGCGCACCGCUGAGUCUCUUCAAAUUCGUGGCCUCACCGACUCCCAAAGCAAUCAGCACAACAACGAAAAGCAUUCGAAGGCAAACAACAUCAAUGCAUCAAAUGGUCGUGGACUCGUAUCUCCAAAUUUUGAUGAUGAACGCAGUAAAACGCCGCCAUCGUCAAGUCCUCCACCUUUGAAAAGGCUGUGUCAAAGAAGUGAUUCACCUCAGAACUCUAGUCCAGCACCUGCAGUACCACCAUGUGCCACCAGUACAACUCGCUCUCGACCGCUCAUCGAACCUCAAGUUCAGCUCGACUGCUACAAAGACAUGGAUAUUGUUGAGCCAAAAAUCGAACUGCCCGAGUACGGAAGUGAUGAUGAAUCGAAACAAGAUCUCAAUACGUUACCUGGAGGCUUUCUCAGUUUGGAUGGUGGAAUGGAAGUUUUACCUUCCUAUCCACCAACGUAUUCUGGUAGUGGAAUAGAAGGAGGAAUGCCUGGGCCAUCGCAUGGAAAUACGGAGCUUAAUCAGGAGCAACAGGCAGCAGCAGGCCGACGAGUGCGACGCGGCAGGCCGCGACUCGGCGUCCGGGGCGGCAGGCAACAGCAGGUGGCAGCUGCGGCGCAAGCAGCGCAGCUUCAGUCGGCAGCGGCGGUCGUCGCGGCGGCUACCCAUGGGAAUUCACCCUCGAGGGGUGACUGGCUGCCGCUCGAUAUGAGGACGACGCCACCCGCGAUGCCGGCCUUUCGUGGCUUCGACGAUUCCGUAUCGGCCGAUGGCGUGGUACACCUGGGCGAGGGCAUCGCCGUGUGCGAGGAGCAGCUGCGGGCCGUCAAGUGGAGCGACUACCGGAAGCUGACGCGAGGCCUAGCCGCGAUUCUCUUCAGUCCAACGGAGCUGGCCACGUGCUCGGUCACGGGGCAGCGCUGGAGCCGCGCGGGCACGGCCACCGAGCGACCCGUCAAACCGGCACUAGACAAGGCCAAAGUUCAGGCCAUCAUAUCGUACGUGACGUCGAGGUUCCCCACCGUGGACGUGAGCAGCGUCAAGCAGGUUUUGGCCUAUAAAUGCAAGGAGAACUCCACGGCCUUGAAGAUGAAGUCCAUCCGAUACAUUUGCGAGCGACAGGACACGGAAACGUCGCCGCGCGCCGAGACCGAGGACAAGUGAGUCGGGGCGUCGCAAGCUGCAGUGAGCUUUGCGGGCGUCGCGCAUGUAAAGCAGGAGGAGAGCGUGCCUCUCGUAUCGGACAGUCAGCAGGACUACGACAACGGUGGCGGCGGCGGUGACAUCGAGACGGACGAGGGGCCGAACCUCGCUGGCAACGCUCUUGGUAAACUCGACGCUAUACACAGGGCCUUGAAGGUCACCCUCAGGGCGGCCACCUCAGCCGCCGCGGCCGCUACGUACUUCUGAAUCGCGAGAGUGAGAGAGAAAGGGCGCGUAUUUAAUACGUUACACAGAGCGAGGGAUUGUCGCUCGUUUGCGACGUACGUUAUUAUUAUAUAGUCAUAUGGUUUCGUUAUAACGAGAGAGAGAGAGAGAGAGAGAGGGGGGGGAGAGGGUAAGAAGAAGUUUGGGAAUAAUUUUGGCUGUUAACAAUAUUGUUAUCAAGGAGGUAGAGCUGCGCGUGUGAUAUACAUGUGUAACGUAUACAUAGAUAUUGAUAAGUUGGCGGAGUCCCGAAGCCGGACACGUCGCUCUCUCUCGCUCGCUACCUUACGUGAGUCUUAUACAUUGUGAUAUAUGCAUAUAUCUAUGUACGUCUAUAUUUCACGAACAUUUGAGUAGGGCUGUUUUUUAAGACGUAGAAUGUGAGAGUAUAUAAUAAUAUAGUCUUGGUUUUAUAGAGGACAGUAUAGGGGGGGGGGGGGGGGAGAUCGAGAGUAUGAGUAUGUACUCCUGGCUCGGGACUCGCAUCCGUUGUUGUUGCUGUUGGCCGCAUCCUAGAUAGUUUGUUUUUUCUCUUCGUUUAUUCUUUUGUCUUUUUUUUUUUGUUCUUACUUAUACACAGAACUACGUACUGUGAGUUUUAUCGCGUGUACACGACGAGUCAGUCCGUGAUACGGCGAUUGUGAUUUGCGGCGGAAGCUCGGCGUUCCGAGCUAUUGUUGUGUAAGAAGGGCUGUAAAACCGCACGCAUCGGACGAAAAGCAAUUUCUACUAUUUUCAAACCGAUCGAUUGUUUUAUCUCACCUAUAACAUAUAGAACCGUAGAUGCACGUUUUAAACGAAAGCGCCGCGUUUGUUUCCGGAGCGGUUCGCGAAAUUCUGUCCCUCGUGUACAUAACAAUGAUAAUACAAAUAAUUAAAAUUAAAGAAAGAGCGCUUGUGCUUUCGAAAUUAAAAAAACGUCAAUUAUACGAGCAACCAAACCGCUGCCGCAGACAAACGCGACUUUGACGCUUUCAUCACGACUAUCCGGCAUCUUCCCGUUGAGACUGUAAAGAACGCAUCAGAGGAGUCAAAAAGCAAAGGGUUGAUUAAGAGCCUUGUUAUCCUAUAUCACAGCUCUCCGCGUCGUCUCUUUUAAAACUCGCGGAGAGAAGGAAAUGCGAAAUACGAGCAGGCGAUGCAUUCCGCGAAAUUUCCACCGCCGGCACGAGCUCGUCCAAUUAAGAGGCGACAAGUCGCGUAAUCCUCGUUCAAUCCGAAUUUCCCGAGAAACCUCGCUCGAACAAACGUCAUUCCGCCGUUCCUCUCGAUAAACAAUAUCAUCGCGACAUCCUAGAGCUCAACUCCGCCAUGAAGACACUCGAGCUCGCCGGAGCAAUCUGCUUAGCAUUCGCGAAUCCCUCCAUCGUCGAUUCCACUCGGAUUCUUCCAACAAUCGCCCUAAGGGCGUAUACGCGAGAAGAGCAACACGCCCGUGUAGAAAAAGCUGCAGAGUCUCUUGAGAUCGGAAGACUCGGGCGCCAACGAGGUGAAAAAGUAGUCUCUUCGUAAAAUCCGACCUCUCGCGCCUUGAGCUGUGGCGCCGCAUCGCUAUAUAGAGUCCGGGACCGGAGGGCCGAAUGCAAAUCCAGCCUGUAGCGCUAAAGUGUGUCCGGACGGCAGCAAGUUCGCGCCGGAAGCACUUAGUCUUCGGGCGCGUGACUGCGCAUUCGAUGCCGAUGGUUCUCUCUCUCCGGCGAUUUCGCGCGAGCCUCGGCGGAAAUGGUUUCGAGUCGCCGCGGGAGUUAUGAAAAUUAAAUACGACGCGAUAUACAUAGCGUUAGCGGGCAAGGAAUUUUUUUUCUCUCCGAUGCGCACACUUAUAUGCGAUCGAUUCGAGAGCCAGCGGAGCAUGGCAGUUGCGAGCGUAUAUAAAACCGAAAUGGACGGGAGUUGUUUGCUCGCUUUGUUCCGUUGUGACUGUAAAAUCUCUUUUUUGCAGCUGUCAUUUUCAGUUUACGAUCUGCCUUGCAUGGGGGAACUCGGUUAGCGUAACUCGCCAGCCGGAAUAUAACUCCUCGCGCUGGAAGAACUCUCGUGUAACUUUCCUCUUUUUUUCUCUUUCUCUCCGUCGAGAGAAGUUUCCUCAUGAUAUUCGUCGAAUUUAAUAAAUCCCACUGGUCAGGAGAAAGCGUGCAAUGCAUCGCGCGCUGCGAGCGGUUCCUUCUCUCCGAUUAUGUGAUAUAAUACGUAGUUAUACCCUGUUAUACAUGUAUGUAUAGUUAGGAUCGAUGAGAAAGUGUGAUUUUAAGCGAACGUUUAUUCAGAAAAGCGAGCGUCGAGCAAAGUUGAUAUGCGCAGUGUACACGAGAGGGCAAUCCCGAGCUGACGAGUUGAGACAAGGUUGACGGCAGAAGUACGUGGCGUAGCAAGUAGUACGAGUCAAGCAAGCGCCGGACCGCUGCACCGAGUUCCAUUCGAUAAGCGUAUGCCGUCGAGAGGACUCUAGGAAAAAGUUGUAAAAAGGAAAAAUCCCAGCUUACGCGGGAGAUAAGAAAAUGAAGAAGAUGACGAAGAAGAAGCAGAAGAAGAAACGGUCGACGUGAGAAAUCCGGCUGUGAGGCGCCUUUUUUCGCCGGGGGCAGGGGGCGCGCGAUUACGAUAACAACACACACACACACACACACACACAUUAACAAACGGGGAGGCUCACACACACAUACAGCGACGCAUGGACAUUUUGUAAUAAUACCAUGUACACCUUACACACGCGGAGAGAAACACGCUCGAUUGUAUUGUUACAUAGAAAGCGUUGUAUACAAGCGGUAUGAAGGGAAGCCGAAGAAGUCAUCCGGCGUCUCAAGCGCGAGCGAGUUGAAUGCGAAGAGUCACAUCAUCUAGUGCAAUAAAAUAUCUAUUCCCGUAGUUUUCGUAAGUAGCUGAGAUGAAAGAGGGAGAAAGAGAGACGUAUACAUGCAAAGUAAUGGGGGUGGAUAUAUUCAGAGCGCGAGCGAGCGACGACGUCGGCCGGUCCGUCUGGGAGCUAGCUCCUCGUCUCUCUAUUAUUAUUAUGAAAGAGACGAGGCGGCGCGACGCCGACUCUUCAUUAUUAUACAUAUUAAACGAACGUUAGUGAUACAAAAUAAGUAUAACUGAAUUAUUAUUAAUUACGCUAUAAGUACGAGACAAGUAGAGUGAAAAAAUAUAUAAGAGAGAAUUAGAAGGGCGAGUUAUGUAUAGUUGUUAAAAUAUGUCGUGGCUCGAGGAUUCGACACGAGAAUGAGGGGGCGUGGGGCUUAGACAAAAAAAACACAUAUAUAAUACACUGGAUUGGCUGUGAGCUGUCGACGACCACGCGAAGAUUAUAUAAACCAAGUAUAUAUAGUUCAAUGAAAUGAAGACGUAUAACGCUGAAUCGACGCCGGAAGGAAGUACAGAAAGAGAGAGAGAGAGAGAUAGAGAGAGGCAGAGGAUGCGAAGCGCGCCAGCAAAGGAAGAUGCGUUUACGUCUAGCUGCGCAGAUGCUAGGAGCUGCAGAAAAACGAGCGUGAGAGAGAAAAAAAACGACAAAAAAAAUUUAAAUAAGCACGUGCAAAAAAAAAAUAAACAAACAAACAAACGAAAUAAACAUUUACAUAGAGAAAUAGAUAAAAAAAAUAAUAAUAAAGAAGCCAGGGGCCCGGCUCUCUCUCUCUUCUGCAGUAACGAGAGCCGCUCCGGAACCGGGAUACAAGGGUAGAAAAAAAAACUUUCACAUAGAUCAGCCUAAUUAUUAUUAUCAUUAUAUAUAAUAUACAUAAACAUUAUGCGCUCCGCUAGAAGACGAUACGUGCAGUGCAGCAGGCGCCGAAGGCGUGUGUAAUAAUAUAGAUAGAUAGAGAGAGGAAGAGAGAUGCGGAGCGCACUUCGAGGAUAGAUAUGAGAAGUUCUAUUAUUUGUUGGGAGAGUAUAUUAUUAUAUUAUACAUAUUUAAAAUAUAUAUAUAUGAAAAAAAAUAUACAUAUAUUAUAUUUAGGAUAUUUAUUUGUUGAGUUGGUGAUAAUAAACAUAAACAUACAUAUAUAAAAAUAGAUUAUAUGAUUUUAUAAAAAAAGUAAACAAACAAAGAAAAGGUGAAUAAAUAAUAAGAGAGAGAGGCCGCGCGCAAAAUAACGGAUCUAGAGCCGACAAGGGCCUACGCAUAUAUAUAUAUAUAUAUAUAUAUAUAUAUAUAUAUAUAUAUAUAUAUAUAUAUAUUAUUAUUAUUAUAUACACAUGGUAUAAUUAUACGAAGGAUUUAAACGGCAGUAAACGACGAUUUACGCAUGUAAGCGAGAAAUAAAUAAAUACAAGUGUUUAGAGCAGUCUAAAAGGCGAAUGAGUAUAGGCCGUAGCGUGUAAGCAUCAUAUAGUGAGAGGGUAACGAGCGCGUCCGCAAUAUAUCGUGUAUAAGAGGCGAGAGUGAUGAAGUUAUUUAGUAUAGAAUAUUACGAUGUACAAGCGUCGUUGCGCGUAACGCGUCGAGAGUUCGACUUUGGUUUUUUUCCCUUGCUUGCGUUUCAUCCUUCGCGUUUGCCCCUUCUUUCGUUCACUUUGCCUAUAAUAUCCUCAUACGAGAUCGCUUGGCAAGGCAGCUGCACAAUUUCAUUACACGCAUGUGCAUACAUCGAAAUCGUUUCAUUCUUUCGUCGCUCGUUUUUGUGUACUUAAUCACCGGUUUUCUAGACUUUUGUACGACGGCGUGAUUUUUAACUCAACAAUGUCACACGUGCGCUAUUCUUCAAAAUUCUCCGAAAUUCACCUCGCUCGAUUGUGCAGUCACCUCCACAGCGUAAAACACACACACACACACACACAUGUCCCUGGAAUUUUGUUACUUGUAUAGUAACAGGUGAACGAAGACACAUGUAUGUAAUUAUCAUCGCGCCAUCUUUCCAUUCGGCGAUCGAGAGAAGCAAUACACAGACGCGCGAUUCGAGGCGAAGAAAAAAUCGUUCAGUCUUCGAUCCCCACGUUGAGCGUCUCUCGCUCUCCCGGUUGACGAUCUAUUAUACACAGACUCACGGACUCACGGACACACCUACACACACAUACACAGACACGAUCCGCGCUCUGAAUUAUACCGCGAAAUAAAUUCUCCGUGUGGCAGCAAUUUAUCACCCUUCUAAACGAGAGCCAAAGCAUUACUCGCGCGCGCCGCGCUUUAGCUUAAUUAUUGAUUUGAAAAAUCGUCGCUCGUCGGCCGAUUGACCGCAGAAGAUAAUUAUAAUAAUAACAAUAAUGCAAUAAUAAUAAUAGUAUAAUGAUAAUAAUAAUAAUAAUAACCACGGAAUACGACCAGCUGUUAAAUCUUUAAAUGAUGCAUAUACAUAAAGUGCAAUUUUAACAGAACUAAAAAUAAGAAAAAAUUACGUAGCUGCAGCUUAUCAACCCUCAUCAUUCUUACAGAUAUUUUACAGUAGACGCAACGAGCAAAUUACACGUGCACACACAUAUACACACGCACAUACACACACACACACACAGAUUUCACGCGCGAACGAUAAUAUAACGAUUACGCGAUAAUGUAAAGGAUAGAUGAAACCACAAGACAUAUAAAUAAUGAAUAUAAUAGGUAUAUUAACAGACAGAUGCGAGUACGUGAAAAAUUAUAAUAGAGUCGUGCCUGACGUAGUAGGACCAUCCUUAUAUAUUAUAAAUGAGAGUCCGCACAGCCAAUGCGUAUGCGCGUCGCUCGCAUAUUAUUCUAUACAUAAAUAUACGAUGAUGCAUUAUAGUAACGAGUUUAAAAGUCAAGAAAGCAACGCGCGUCUAGUAAGCGGAUUUAUCAGAAUGGAAAUUAAAAUAAAUCGAAAAAGUAAAUAAAAAAAAAGGAGACGAGAAAUUAUUAAGGAAAAAAUAAAAAAACUGUGAGCCUGAAAAAUUCUUGUGAUGAUAAUAUGUCGAACCUUAUAAUAAGAUAACGCGCGCGACGACGCGUCUAAGUAGUCCUCGAUUAGUUAAGGCCAUUUGUAGUGAUAUAUUCGAGAACGCGAGAAAGAGAGAAAGAGCGUAUAGAUAUUAUACAUGUGCGGCUGCGAGAAAAAAUACGGCCGAUGGGAGGAGCUGCUCGCGGCGAUUAGCCGAUUGACGUGCGCGUCUCGACUGUGUGCGAGUAUAUGUGUGCCACUUGAUUGAUGAGGAGGUCCAGCCCGCGCGCCCGCCUGAUACUUUAUCAAGCGACGGACCGAAAUUCGUUUGGUGCCUAGCCUUUCGCGCUAUUAUUCAUUCAUGCGUUGUAAGUUCCUCUUCAAAAGUUGCGAAAUAUCCUGUUGUGUAUAACGUUAUUAGGUAUUAUUAUGCAGAAGUAUUGUUUCGAAAUUUGAAAGAAAAAUUCGUACAAAAGUAAUAAAAGAAAUCGAUCGCGCCAGCUCCUUCCGUCUCGAGUCGACCAUAUGAGCCUAUAUUGUAUGCGAACGUAGGUAGAACGAGGAAAGCAGUCAACGAAACGAGCAAAUGCGCGAGUGCGUGAGGAUGAUAUAUACUUAUACGCAUAUACUUACACACGUAUAAUUAGGUAUAUAGAAAGAAGAAAAAAAAACCAUAGCAAUACAUUCUAGUUACCAACGAAGUCACACUUGCGCGUUCGACUCGAGGGCGAAUUAUAACCGAUCACACGACAACAGUAGCGGCGAGAACUGUAUAGCGCGACGAUAAAGCGAAUCGAGUCUUUCACGUAAGAUUUAUACAUAAUAUAUACAUAUAAAUCUAUAUAUUAUACAUGAAGAAAAAGUACAUUGUGCAUCUAUUGCGAUUAGCCGCGCUGAGAGAGAUGAUCGCGUUCGGGUCGAUGCUCGACUCGCCGAUUGCAAAAAAAUUGUUAUCUCGACGAAAAGCUUUUUUAUUUUCGAGAUCGCCUACUCGACUUUGUGAAUAAGAAAACGAAAAUUGAAGAAUAAACCGUUUCCGCGCACUGUAUCGGCGAGUCGAGCUGUCGCUUGCGGCUGAUAUGGCGAGAGCGAGCGAUAGUUACCCAAAGUCGAUGAAAAGUAAACAAAUACUUGUAUAAUGAACAUACUCCAUGCCUUACGACCUUAGAUUAUUUAAUAACCGGGAAGAUAACGACGACGAGAACGAAGAUUCGACACGAAGCUAUAUUCGACAAGGAACGGCAACGGAAGACGAGGGAAAAACAAGGGGGACGGUAUCCUGUACAGGGGGGGGGGGGCAAUCGUUUGCAUGCGAGUCUUAAAUAAAAAAUAAAUAAUAAAAAAAAAUAAAUAAAAAAAUUAAUAAAAACACGUAGAUUUGAGAAAGUCGACAGUCAACGUAGAGCAAAGAUAUGUAACUCGUAAACCGAAGCGUCGCGUGCGUAAAAUACACAUACGAUAUAUAUAUAUAUAUAUAUAAAUAAAUAAUAUUAUAUAGUUUUUAUGCAGCGCGCAGCUCAGAGAAUGCGCCGAGGUGAUAAAUAAAAGUGGAGAAAAAAAAUUAACAAAAUAUAGAGCGUGAAAGAGAGAGAGAGAGAGAGAGAGAGAGAGAGAGAGAGAGAGAGCGCUGACGAGAGGCGCGAGUCAAAUUAGCGACGCUGUGCACGUAUACAUUAUCACUCUGUACUAUUAUUAUUAAUAAUUAUCAUAAUUAUUAUCAUUAUUGUUAUAUUUUAAUGAUAUAGCUUUAGGUUUUAUUUUAUUUGUUGGCGCGUGUUCUGUGUGCGGCUCCGUGGAGAAGAUGACGACGACGAUGAUGAUGAUGAUGAUUGUGAUCUCCGCGGUGCGGGAGUUUAUUUUUUUUUCCGUCGACGCAUCUCAUUACCUCUUUUAUUAAGGGCUUCGCUUUGUAUACUAUUUAAUUGUACUUCUAAUCUUAUAUAUUAUACGUUUUCUCUUUCGGCCUCGAUUUUACAUGUUUGACGAUUGGAUCAUCGAUCGCGUACUAUUCUUUUCGUUGUGGUAUUACAUAUUAUAUUAUGUACGAUACUAUGUUAUAUUAAUGAAUACGAUGAUAUGUAUACAUGUAUUUACCUGUGUAUACUCGUACGCUGUUGAUGCAGCUGUGCGAGGUUGUUUAAGUUUUUUCGAAUUUUAUCAGAAGAACGAGUGUAAAGUCGAGACUGUGACGAAGACCAAAUGUUAUGUAUAACACAGCAAAGAGCAAUUUUUUUUCCUUUCUUUUCUGUUCAAAAGUCUAUUAACUAUAUACUUGCGCGUAUUAUAUGAGGAAAGAAAAUGACGAAGAUGCUUACUAUUAUUAUACUGUUGUUCUUUCAUGUUUCAUUUGUAACAUUUAGUACGUUUUAUUGUGCGUUCAAAUGAUAGUUAUAUAAUGAUAGUAGAGGUUUACGUAAAAGACGAAAAUACGAUGAUUUACGUUACACGCGCAUUUCACAAGGCGAACGUACGUAAAGUGUUGAAACGAUUUGUUAAAUGUAAUAAACUUUUACUGUAUUGUUACGUACUUUGGUAAAAAAAAAUAAUAAUAUUGUAGGGAUUAUUAAACGAAAACUUGCAUAAAAAGUGGCCAAAAUAUCGAUCAUCGCAACGACAUAGUCGAACUGUUCUUUUUUUCCACAACCAAAAAUCACACAACGUCACACCGGAGUAAAACUCGCAAGUUGCGAGCGAUUCCUUUGUUAUAUCCUCUUACAAAAUCCGACACCAUCCUUACACACUUGGCGUGUAUUUGCAUUUUGAUUGUGCUUUGUAUUCUGCUUUUCUUAUAUUAGAGGAAAUAAACGGAUUAAUACUACCGAUCAAUUCAAUGCGAGUUGUCUGUAUUCAAGUAAAUAGUUUUGAAUCGAAAGCUAUUGCCCUGUGUCAGCUGUGUAUAUUUUACCGGAAAUGCCUCGCCAUAAAAGUCAGACCAGUGUAGAGUUCAUCUAUAUUUGAUUAAUUCGCUGAUGAAAAAACUCGAUUUUCGGAAUGAAACAGCCAAACACUCAGACCGCAGCUCAUUCCUCGGAGGAAAAGUAAAAACCCAAGUUUACUCAUCUACCGAACUUAAAUUCAAAGUCCAUCAAAGUCAGCUGCACAACUUUCUCCUGAAAGCGACCGACGAUAGAAAAAAGACCAAACAAGCUCGCGUGGGCUGUACAGCGGAGAGCCAUCACACAACCACGAGGACGAAUCUUUCAACCGAACGCGGCUGUCGAUAUAACCUGACGCGAAGGACGGCGGCUCGUUUGUCUAUACCACUUGCGCCCGUUUGUCACCUCUUGCGGUGCGGUUUCCCAGAAAAAAAAGGAAAUUCUCUACCGGGCGUACGUGUGCCACAUCGAAAUUCGGUCCCUUUUUCGCGCUGACUUCUACUCCAACGUAUACGCGGAUGAGUAUAUUUAUACCGGAAUACGUGAGAUUCGUUUUGUCGUAAAAACGUUGCUGCUGGCGCUUGGGUUUUCGAGAUAUUGGAAAUUCGAACUUGUGAAUUUUUCGAAUUUUCGAACGUCCCCGGAUUCGCGUGUGCUGGUACUCGGGAAUUUCGACGAUUUAUUUCUGUCGCUGAAUGGCUUUGCUUUUGCAUAUCAAGUGAUCAAUAAACGUCAAUGACUAAUAAGAAAUGAAAAUCAGAUUGCUAUUUCAAUUAAAAGAGAAGGAUCAAAACUGGGUCGCGUUCUCUUUUUUUUACGACUCUUCGAGAGCGAAAUGAGAAAAAACUCGCCUUUCAUUCAACUAUACGUAUACGGAAUCGCCAAUUUCGUGAUUUAUGUGAGAUCAAUGAACAUUUCUCUCUUACUCGUCUGGAGCACAAUCGCUAUCUGCUUUCAUGCAUAUCUGAAAAAAAGUUCAUCCUCGAUCCGCUUAUAAGAUUAUUUAUUUCAAAUUAACGAAAAUCAAUUGUUCCUUUAAAUCACGGACUGACCUUGCACACCCUUAGCCCAAAGCUUUUAGUCCAGCUAAAUUUCCAAUUACCGAAAAUUGCUGUUCGAGCUUCGAUGUUCAAUUAUCCUAAAAUUACUUUAACAACAACAAGCACAAGAAAACUAUUUCUUAUAAAAAGUAGGUCAGCCGAAAAAGUGAUUCGAGUCCCCAAGCCAUUUUCCUUUCCUCAAAAUUCCAGUUGAAAAUCAUGAGAGUUUCAUGUCCCCGCCAGUAAACACACAUCCGGAGACACGACGGGCUUUAAUUUUCGCUUCGCUGCGGUCCUAUUCCCAUCUCGAGUCGUUUCGCUCGUUUUCCUCCCGGGGAAGAAAAGAUCUGGUACCGUAAAACUGAGAGUCUCCGCGCCCUGCAGUUUUAAGACCGAGACAGUCGUCUCCAGGUGUGUAUACCUAUACGUGCUGGUGUCGCGUUGGUUUUAUUCCGGCUCUUCGUUCGUCGAAUUGUACAGCCUUACCGAUGAUGAGUCGAGAAGAUGAGUUGAGCAAAAGCUCUCUCUUAUCGGUUUCAAAAACGUUGAUUCAUGUUUAUGGCUUAGACAGAGGAAGAGGAGAAUCGCUGUUAAACGAGCAGACAGCCCUUUAAGCUCGCGCUUAAAGCCGUCGUGACGAUUCGAGAAUUGUCCGAUGGGAUUGUACACCGGGACGAUUGAAAUUCAAGCUUUUAUUGCUCGAUAUCUUUCUUUUCCUUUGUAUCUCACGCCGAUGCUCAAUUUUAUGACGUACAAUUUUGGGUAGUAAAGUCAAAAGAAGUUAAAAUAUAUCUAAUAUCGUAUAAAGUUCGAAGUAUAUAGAGACGCGAACAUAAAAGAAUCCCGUGUGCAACCGUUGACAUUGUUCGAUGCUUGAGGUCGGAUAAAAAAAACGAGGAAAAUUUUUCUAAGGCGAUCAUAAAGUUUAUUUUAUUGGAUUGUCGCACCGCAGAUGGAAAUAUAACAAUACCCUAUACACGUGACGCGGUUCAUAUUUGUUUGUCCACAUAGUAAGUAUACGUUUACUUUUUUUUCAAAAAAAACAAAGAUUCUUUGCAAAUUACCAGUUUCCAUCAAGUUUCAAAAACCAAAAAGGCUCGCCGAGCGCGGAUCUAAAAGUUCAAACCCCGCGCAGCUUGUUUAGCCCCGCCGGAAGAAUCCGAUAAAAAAACCUCGUGCUAUUUCUCUCCUCUCUUUCGGUGCGCAAAAAGAGCAGCACAGUAAAAACCAAGCUGAACAAAUCGCCCGCGGUGGUCCUCCUCUUCCUCUUUGCUUUUACUUCGCGGCGUAUAUAGGCGAAAAAAAACAAGCAAAAGGAACGGAAGCGAGAAUAAACAAGCGCCAAGCCCGUUAUACGUCUCCCCGGAGUAGCAAGAAUGCGCGGCUUCGUAAUAACGAAGUUCUAUACCUGCCGGAAUUGAAUGACUCGCUGCGCGGAGAAUCUCGCGGAAUUCGAUAACAUUGCCGAAUUUCGCUCGAAGAAGUCCGCGCAAGAUUUCUAUAUUUAACUCUGGCACGUUUGCGGCGAUGCGGCCGUUAAUCAAGAUAGCUCUGGCGAAGCUUUUGUUUGAUAAAGGAAGACUCAUUUUGUGAGCUUGUUCGCGUGGGCGAUAAUUGCAUUAUACGACGCGAGCUGUCUCUUUGAUCAGUGUUGUAUGCGCCCACGAGUGAUUUUCAAUGAUUUAGUUAGCGUUAAAUAAAGUGCAUAAUAUUAUACGAGUAGGGAGUCGCAUUAUUAUUAAGAAUGAAGCGAUGGUAUUGUCUUCCUCGAUUGUUGGUUUUAUUAGAAAGAGGUUUUUAUCUGUUUUUACAACAGCUCCUAGCUUCUAAGCACUUUGAAAGUGCAGUUUUCGCCUGCUUUCUCGUUGGUAGUUUGCAUGGGAUUCGCUUGUUUCUCUCUUAUUGUCCUCUGCUAACGAUUCUUUGUCCUUCGUUAAUUUCGGAAAGGGUAGAGCACCAUCUGUAAAAAUAAAAACCGUGAGUAAAAAAAGCAUAAUUUUAAUUAAGCGAAUCAAGCUAAAAUUUCUUUUCAAACAUGAAAUACUUCAACUUUAUGAAAAAUUUUCAAACAUUGCAAUCUCGGUAAUUUCAUUUCAAUGCAUAUAAGUAUGCGACGGCUUUGAUAAGCGAAUUGAGCAAUCCAAUCAAUUUAUUUUUAAACGAAAUUUAGUACGCGAAUACGUAUCGCGUAUCUUUAUUCAAUUUAUAUAUAUAAAAAAAUCAGCUUUUAUUUCUAUUUCGUCUCAAACAUCGUCACAACGAUUUCAAGUGUGUCAACGAACGGUGCGAACGCUGUCGAAAAUGCCAAAAUAUACUUGUAUAUCAAUAGUUGUGUAACGAGUUACUCGACUCGCGCCUCUCGUCUUCCCGAAGCCAAGCAUCGAUACGAAGAUUUCUUUUAUUUCGAGUCGAUAAGGGAUUUUAAACGACAGCAAUAAUUACAAUAAUCGCGACUUCGGAAGCUCUGAUUACAGGGGGGGGGGGGAUCGAAAGAAAUGAAUAUGUAAGAAAAUGAAAUUAAUCGGGGGUGAAUGAACCGCCAGGCAAUUUAAACGCAGCUGAUGCUUGUGCUGCUCCAUGUGACGUGCAGGCUAACGAUAAUACCGUACUUGUGAUAAUUAAAGUAAAGAAGAGACCUUUAAACGUAGAGUUAUAUACAAACAAGAAGAAAAAAAAACGCAGUUUAACAAUAUAAUUAUAUACAUAAUAAUUAAACAAUAAACGAUAAAAGAGAAAGAGAACACGACGUAAUAAAAUGACGAUUAUAUUAUAUAAAUAGCGAUUUAGGUCUAUAGUUCACAUUUAUAUGAAGUAAAUACAAAGAAUUAAUUAUUAUAUACGAUAUGUAAAAGGUGAGCGAAAAAAGCGUUAUAUAUGUGUACAGCAUAUAUAUAGUAAAUCGAAAGGACGAAGGGAGGAGAAGAAUCCAUCGGCCGUGGAGAAGCGAAGGGAGUAUUUGGAAACGCAUAUACAGGGAUAAUAUAUAAUAUUAUUAUGUACAUUACCACGUAAAAACAAAGUUGGGAGCGUUAUAAAAGAUGUGCGAACAAAGAAGAGAGAUAUAGCCAGAGAGAUGUGAAAGGUUUACGCAAACACUGACGAAUAUUGUGGAUAGAAAUCAUCGCGCAGUCAGAGAUACAAAAAAAAAAUAUAAUGCGUGUAUAUAUAUAUAUAUAUAUAUAUAUAUAUAUAUAUAUAUAUAUAUAUAUAUAUAUAUAUGUAUAGUUGGUAUAUACGAAUUUUUUAGAGUUUUUUCGGUAGUGCGUAUACGAAAGCAGAUAACGAAGAAGAGAGAAGAAACAAAUAAUGACAUGAAUAUACAAUUAAAGUACACACGCUCAUAUACGACGGCGAUGCGACGAUUGUCAGACGUGAGAAAUUUUAUCGAUUGUCAUCGCCGCGAAUAAAAGGUAUAAUUAUAACACGUAAUGGAUUAAUAAGUAAAGUAUAUUAUAUAAUAAAGAAAAAAAUGGAAUCACACACAGAAACGGCUGUAACGUAAAGCCGUGAUAACGAUGUAUUUGCUAGUCAAUGUUCAAUGUUGAGAUAUUUAUCGGAAUAAAUGCGUAUACGUUGUUUACACCAAAACACAUA